AUGUCAGCAUUUCCUGUUACACGUCAUCGUCUUGGUCCACGUGUCAUUCUCAAUUUCGCGGAUUUCGCCGUGAAGAGGUUCAACUCCCUUCCCUCAAUCGUGUCCCGCCACGUCAUCGAGCUGGCUCCACACUUGCUUCGGCCGAAAUGCAAACCUCCCAGAACUCCAAAGCUGCAGGAGACAUGGGGAUUGCAGACGAAGCACGCACUCGAUCGACGGCCCCUUUGGCACCUCCCCCCUCUCACUGGAUCGGAUCACGCAAUUUUUUCCUCGGCCUGGAGCCGACGGCUAGCCCGCUACGAACUACUCUGA